GUUCGUUUCAAUAUCCUUUCGGGAAAUCCGCGACUUACCGAAAUUUUCGGAAAUCCUCAAUCCUUUUGGCUAACCUAGAUUCGAAGGAGAUGAAAUUUUAGGUUAGUUUCACGGUUCGCUUACUCGACGCGGUUACAGGCUGUGCGAUUCGAAUCGGUUUUACGUUCGUUUUGACAUUACGUUUCGAGACGAUUCGAUAGUAUCGAGGUUUUUUGGCAGAUCGAAAGAAAGAUGUCCCUCUAUGGUAGAUUAGAAUGUUAUUAGUCAUUCGGUCCCGUGUUUGUAAGUAAAUAUCAGCUGGAUGCGCAGAGGAAAACGUUACGUUACUCCGUGACACCGUGUAACGGAUCUGACUCGUCAGACGUGAGCAUUUCGUCGAACGGGACCAGGCAAAAUGGGCCUUUUCCAGACUUCCUCGCCUUUCGACGCUGACGUCGAGAAGGCAACCAGCGAGAAUAAUAUAGCUGAGGAAUGGGGAAAAAUAAUGGACAUUUGCGACAAAGUAGGAACUUCCACUCAAAACGCUAAGGACUGUCUAAGAUCCAUUGUUAAGAGACUGUACUCUCCAGAUCCACAUGUUGUUAUGCAAGCAUUAACACUAUUGGAUGCCUGCGUCAGUAAUUGUGGGAAAAUGUUUCACUUGGAAAUUGCAUCGAGAGAUUUUGAAAAUGACAUGAGAAAACUAGUUAAUCAUUCCCAGCCAAAAAUUGCAGAGAGAAUGAAAGGGUUACUGAAGAAGUGGGCCGAAGGAGAUUUUAAAACUGACCCCCAACUAAAUUUAAUUCCAAGCUUGUACAAUAAAUUGAAAAACGAAGGUUACGAUUUUACUAUUAUCUCGGAUACGCCUAAACGUACAAGCGUACUAAGCAAAGAUCCAAAUGUAGUAACAAAUUCACAGGAGGAAGAAGAUAUUGCUAAAGCUAUUGAACUUUCACUGAAAGAGAGCAAAGGCCACAGUCAAGCCUCUUCUUCGCACAGUUCACCAUCUUCCAAGAAGAACACCAGUUUAUAUCCAAGCGUAAAUACAGCGCUCGGCACUUCCAGCAAUUCCGAAGGCAGGAAGGUCCGCGCUCUGUACGACUUUGAAGCAGCAGAAAAUAAUGAAUUAACGUUUUUCGCAGGAGAAAUAAUUAAUCUGUUGGACGACUCUGACCCGAACUGGUGGAAAGGCAGUAACUACACAGGAGUAGGACUCUUCCCCUCGAAUUUUGUUACCGCAGAUUUAUCCGUCGAGCCCGAACAAUUCACAAAGUUGGAGCAAGGCAACAAGAAAAUGGUUCAAUUCGCCGAAGAAGUGGAGGUGAAGACAGUGAAGAGGGAGCCGGAAGUGAUAGAAGUUGAAAUAGACGAGGGGAAAAUGGAUAAACUUUUGCAUUUGUUGCACGAAGCUGACCCUCAGUGCGAUAACUCUGAUCCACAAGAAAUGUUGGAGUUGGAAGAACAAGUGACUGCGAUGGGACCGUUGAUAGACGCGGCAUUAGAGAAAGUGGACAGGAGGCAUGCACAGUUGACUCAGCUUAGUUCCGACUUGGUGGACGCUCUGAACUUGUACCACACGUUGAUGCGAGAACCUCCGCCACCUACACCGUCUAGUUACACGCUACCUAAAAUGCCGUCGCACGUAAACCCCUACCAGUACCAAAAUCAUGGACCACCACCUCCGCACAUAUUCAACGGAGUACAUCCGCCUCAUCCAUCGUCUUUCCCUGUCGGAAGCAACCCGUCGGUGCCGUACAGCGCCAACAUGCCAACAAACGAAUACAUGGGACCCGCGAGUAUGCCAAACAUGACUUUACCCCAACAUUUUGGGCACGUGCAAUCAGGGCCGCACCAGCACCCCCCGGGACACGGCCAAGGCCCACCGGUUCUAGAGCAAACCAGCCUCCCCUACUCCCACCAAGGAUAUCCACCUCAGUCUGGUUCUAUGCCAGGACCUUAUGGUCCGCCGGGGCCAACGGGACCUUCGGUAAGCCAGCAAUCCCAGUAUGCCCCGCCAAACGGGCAGCAUAUGUUGUAAAGGAUGCUACGCGAUUCGAAUUCACCCUGUACUCUAACUCAAGCUGUACAAUAUUACUAUAUUAUAAUUAUUUAAAUAAACAUACCCGAAGUAGCCAAAGAUAUUGGGCUUUUGAUAGAAGUUUUGCAUUCGAAAGUUAUCGUGUAAGCUUGUUGCGUAGACACGUACGCGUAGCGACGGUUCAAGGCGGUUAGAGGCGGCCGCUGUUUACUCUGAUUUCGAUCACAAGCAGCGGCCGGUAUGCGUUCUCUCUUAGGCGUUUCCGUUUCAAACCGAUCGGUUUCUUGGUAUUGUUGUAUUAUUCAUUUGUGAUUCCUCUCGACGUGCAACGUUCAUUCAUUUUCAUUAACUGUCGAACGAAAUUAACGUUGCAUCGAGAAGGAACUGCGACAAACACCGCCGGCGUUGCACACAUACACACAUGAACGCAGACAUAAAUAUACGCGUACCGAUACGUAAUCUUAAGUUCGCGGCGGAGCGGAUGCUCCGGCCAUUAAUUUAUAAUCUAUCGUGUAAAGUUCAUCGUGCGUUCACAAAGAGUUCUCUAUAGGAUUGCACUAUCGUUCACCGAGUACACCGAGUUCACGUACGAACGCAGAGUAACGCGAACGGUGGAGACUGCGUAUCGAAAAGCAUGACCGUGUUUUAUAGUUUUUUACCGUCAUUCAUCCUCGACAAGUAACCGCACGAAAGGAGCCUUAACGGAGAAUAAAAUAUGUAACGCGACGGGCGGCUUGAGAAGCUGCCCGAGCGGAAGAGCGCGUGUCCCCCAUGGAAAUUCGAAAAGCGAUCGCAACAAGACGUCUCGACCUGGUCUAGUCUGUCCGCUGUGUAUAAUAAAUCUAUUUCCUAUUAAAUGUUUAUCGAGCGAACCGCGGGGAGCUUUCGAUAAAUCGUCGACGCAUAAUAUUCGCGAAACUGCUCGUGUGUCUGUGUGUUGUCUCCGGCGCGCAUAAUAUUCGAGGCGAUGCGAGCUGAAAGUAGAAUAAGACGUCUCUUAAUCUUAACUCUUUUUCUUUUGGUAAACGUUUUCAUUCACGAAUAAAGUGUACAUUUCCAAACGAUCAAAUCCAACGUUACUCAUUGACAGACUCAUUGGCGAAUGAAAUUUAUAUCAGUAAAAUUACAUAGCGUAACGACAUUCUGUUACACAAACACUCGUACUCGAAUUCCUUGUAUAUUAUAUUGUAUAUUGUAUCAUGUAUGAUAGUAAUAAUAAUUCCAGAGUAAACGACGCUCGACACGAAUUAAGCAACCGAUUAGAGGGGUAGCAAUGUCCUGUGUACUACUCGAGUAUAUUUUUCCAAAUCGUUCUACUUCGUUCGUUUCAUUCGGAGUUCCAUGUUCUCGGUAUUAGCCUUCUUGAUUGGUCGUUAAGAGGAGGAUGCGUUUCGUAGGACAUAAAUACACGUGUGUAUGCGACAGGGUUCGAAUCAGUUGGAAACCGAUGACCGUUUCAAUGGACAGGAUUAUUUCUGACACGAUAGUGCAAUAUAGGCAUACUUGAACGUGGCGUAGAACCGAUUAAAUUAUCCAGCGAAGAGGCGACGGGGUUGCUGUAAAAAUCUACUGGUUGGCCGAACAGUUGAAAGUUGUAAUGUAUCGCGGGAAACGGGGGAGAACCCGUGGGUCUUUUGUAACGAAUUUGUAUGGUAGACGCCUCUAACGAGAGGCAGAGUGAGAAUGCGAGAGGUGACGACUGUGAGCGAAUCAGAGGAGGUGGAAGAGGAGGCACAGGACGUCGACGGAGGAUCGGUCCUGUGGAGCAUAGAUGUAAUUUACAUUGUAUAUGUUACGUUG